AUGGAUUGCAGAAUCUGUGUUUGGAAUGCUUCUGAUGGCAGCUUAGUGCACUCAUUGACUGGACAUACUGAAUCUACAUAUGUUCUGGAUGUUCAUCCUUUUAAUCCACAGAUAGCAAUGAGUGCUGGAUAUGAUGGAAGAACUAUUCAUGGGCCAAGUUCUUUCUUGGUGAUUAUCGACCUCUCAUUCAAGACACACAUGGAAACUCAGCUCAUUCCAUAUCAACGUAACAUGCAAGAUUCACUUUGUGAUUCAGCAAUGAUACCAUACCCAGAACCUUAUCAGAGUGAAUUUCAAAAGAGACGACUAGGAGCUUUAGGCAUUGAGUGGAAGCCAUCAUCGCUAAAGCUUGUUGUUGGUCCUGAUUUCAGUCUGGAUCCAGAGUAUCAUAUGCUUCCAUUGGCUGAUUUGGACAUGCUUAUAGAUCCACUACCAGAGUUUAUAGAUGCUAUGGACUGGGUGCCAGAAAUUGAAGUGUUUGCUGAUGAUACUGAUUCAGAAUAUAAUUUAACUGAAGAUAGUUCUUCCCGGGGUGAGAAAGGAUAUUCAAGCUCCAGUGCCUCUGGUGAUCCUGGUUGCAGCACCGAUAACAUUGACGAUGGGGACACUCACAUGGACUGCAUUCGUAGAUCGAAAAGAAAAAAACAGAAGACCGGAACUGAGAUUAUGACUUCAUCUGGGAGACGCGUUAAAAGGAGGAAUUUGAUUCCUUAA